AAUUUGCGCUUGCGUAUUUUCAGCUUCACAGUCAUCGUCUAUGGCAAACUUUGCAGAUUUUGGAAAUUUCAACACGUUCAACAGCACAGUUUCAGCACAGCAGAAUGCACCAGUGCCUGUACAAACCAGCCAGUCAUUUGAUAUGUUUGCACCGCCAUCUGGCGGGAGCAGUGCAGCGCCUCAACAACAACAACAGGCUGCUCAGCCAGCUAUGGGCGACAAGUACGCAGCACUGGCUGAGCUAGACGACGUGUUUGGUGGGAGCAGUACUGCAUCCGGGGACAGCUGGAGCGGAACAAGUCCGCCCGCUCCCGCUACAGGUGCAACUGCGCACGGCUGGCAGCCUAACAAUGCACCCGCUGCGACGAAUGCAUGGAACAGUGGGGCGGGCGGCGCCAAUGCCACGUGGAACAACACUGCCGUACCGGGAAAUACAGCAACCCAGUGGAAUUCUACGGCUGCUCUGCCGGCCACGUCGAACCCGUUCUCUAUGACGAGUACAGGCACCAGCCAGACGAAUCCGUUUACAGGUUUCGGCUCGCCACCCGGGGCGGCCGCCGGCGGAUUCCAUGCGGCAGCGCCACAAUCGGCGGGCGGAGCGCCGCAACAUUCAGGGACCGGAUUUGCGCAGUUCGCGCCGGCGGGGCAGCCGGCCACUGGCUUCGCGCAGAGUGCACAAGGUGGAUUCAGUUCGGGUGCAAAUCAAGGAUUUGCAGGUAUGCAAAAUGGUGUAGCGUUUGGCUCUCAGGCUUACGCCCCACAGCAGUGGGGAGCAUCAGUGACUAGCAGCUGGGGUGCAGCACCCCAGGCUCCUUCCCAGAGCUUUACACAGCCAGGCAUGCCAGCUGGUGGUGGACAGUUUAAUGCAUUCCAAGCCACAGGGGGAUUUGGAAACGUAGCUCCACAGCAAUCUCAGCAGUUUGCAGGCUGGGGACAACAACCUACAGUCACAGCGAAUCCUUUCAUGGCGGCCCCCGGAGCAAACAAGAGCAAUCCAUUUCUCUGAUCCCGAUGGGAGAUCGCUUCCAUACAUGACAAAUAGAUGAUAUGCGAAGACGCGAACAUGCAGGGAUGAGCAAGCGCUGCCAUCUAUGGGACAGAUCUUGCAAGCCUGCAUUGCCGUGACCGGUGUUAUGUCAGUGAGGGUGUUACGAGAGAUGCAUUUCAUAGAGGCAAUGCAGUAAAGUUUUCAUAAUUAUCUUACAUCAAUAUUCAAAGUUGCAUCGUUUACUAUUCACACAGUCCCAGGAAAACAGAAUCCCCUAGUUUUCUAUCAAAAGUAACGUUUCUUCUCUAGUUAUAUACUAAUUUUUAAUGGUUUCACUUUUUUUAAUACACAGCUGAUUAGUUUUCUUCAUGAUAUAUUUUUAAAUCUCUUUAUCUGUUUGAGCCGAUUUCAAGCUUUAAUACUAGGGGUGACUUGUAAACUUUGUUGCAUGUUUGCAUAAUUUUCUAGUGUAACAAUCGCUAAACUAAUUAAGUGAAAUGCAUUCACAUCUAAUUAUAACAGCUGAGUGACUAUAAACCACAUAACGAGUCAUGCUAAUAUACGUUGCAUCGGUGUGGUUUGGUGGCAACGGGGAAUGAAGUCAUUGUAAUGUGCCACUAACAUUCGAUAGUCAAUGAACAAGCAUUGUAAGUCUGGUUGACUUUAUUAAUAGCCUGGACUUGAUGUGUAGAGUUGGGAGUGUGGCUGGUAGCGGUGGUCAGUCCCAAUGAUAACUGGUGCUCGCCCAGAGUGUAUGUCCAAACAUUAUUUAGCAGUGUUUAUGGAGCACCCCUUUAUUGUGAUAUCCAAGGAGACUUUUCCGGCAAUUAAAAUGCCGUGCUAGUUGAAUUAUGAGCAAAUGUGUGUUACAUGCAGAGUUGAUGGCGUUUCUAAUUCAGUAUUAGUGUAGAAGCUUCAUGUUUAAGAGUGUAGAAAAUUAUUACUUUACCAUAUGUUUUUUCUUCGGCCGAAUAACGGAACCGGUUUAGAUGAUCCCAGAUGUGUAAUAUUUUCGUGAGGUGUGACAGAUGGGUGUAUUUAUGGUGGUUGCAGAAAUGGCUUUAUACAUUUUAUUGUGCGGCACCUUCCAAAUGCUUCCAUGCGUAUUUUGUCCAGUUUGUUUGCUACCACAAAGACAGAAUCUGCCAGAAAUUUCGAAUAUUAUUCAUGAUUACAUAUUAUGCAAGUGAUAACGAUAAUGCUUUCGUGAUCGACGCAAGAUUUUCAUAAUGCUGUUAUCAUUCUGUCUGUGUGGUAUUAUGUAGGUUAUCUUGAUCUACUCUUAUUCCGUUUUAAUAUAUGAAGCUCUUUCCGAGUGUGCGUGCCCCAGUCACGUGUAUGUUUACAUUCUGCCGUAGCAUUUUUUUCAUAUUUCUAUUCGUAUAAUUUUUUCUUCUCUGCCUAUUAUGUGUAUACAUUGUUUUCCAGUGUAAUUAUUAAGAGCAGAUCCGGAAGUCGUGCGAGUGCAGGCAGUAUAACUGCUCGCGUGCACGUGUAUCCAAGUGCGUCCUUCCAUGUACAGUCAAACCUGUGUCAGCGGACACCUCUAUAGAACGGACACGUGUCUAUAGAGGACACACCUAGGUUUCGCUUAAGUGACGCUUGCAUAGAAGGUUGACUGCAUUACAUUACUCACUGGCAGGCUUCGUCUAUGCACAUUUUUUAGCGUUUCUUGCAUACAUGAAUAGAUAUCUCGGCUACUCUGGAACCUCAUCGAUGCGUGGCAAGUACACGGAUAUUAAAUACCAUUCUCCGAGUUCUCUUCUUUUCCUGAAAGGGUUGUAGACUUUCUGUAGCCGAGUUUUCUAGAAUAAUGGCAAUAACUUUCUCAUAGUGUUGCCUUAUAUUUGUUGUUUUCUCUGUUUUUCCAUCGUUAUUAUUUUGUAGCAAAUUAUUUUUACCAUCACUGCAGUAUACAGGGAGUAUAGUUACUCAGUAUCUUCUGGUGGAAUUGUUGACAGAAUUUUGAUAAUGAGACUUAAUCCUUUGUGUCAUUUUCGAUAUAUACUGGUGUUCCGCUGCUUUUUGUCAAGAAUGGUUCGUGGAUCUGAAUUGAUCCUAUCUCGUGCUUGUAUAUUGAGAGGCGAUACUAAGCGUAUACAAUAGCUUUGUUUUGUACGUGUAAUAAUGUUACCGAUAAUAAGAAAUGUUCACGAGUGAUCGUUGAAUGCGCAUGUAUAUAUUGCUGCUGGUAAAAUGAACUAAUUAUUGCCUCGUGCAUUGAUGCGA